CGGCGGCGUGACGCGGGGCCGGUAGCACGUGCCGGGCGCCGCGCGGUGGUGACAGCGAACGGACGCCGACCGAAGCCCGGUGUGUGAGGGCUGAACCAACUGUGAUACUAGUGACUAACCAUGGGCGAGUGCUACCUGCCCGGUGCCACCGAGGGCACCACCACGGCCGACCGCCGACCCCGACUCCUGCCCAGAGAGAAGCCGGCCCCGGUGAGCUGCGAACCGCCCGGCCUUGACGCCGCCGAGCCGGCCGAGACGCGCCUCUCCGACACGGAGGAGGAGGAGCUGCCGCGCCGCUGCCCGGCCGCGCUGCGGUGCCGGCAGCGCGAGCAGCGCCGCCGCGUGCUCCGCCUCGCCACGGACAAACUCACCGCCGUGGAGGACCUCCGCGAACGCGAUCUGCGCCAGGCCACCCUGCUGCAGAACAUGGCCGCGCGCCUUGAGGCCGAGGCCAAGGCGGAGCGGGCGGCGCGCGCGGCCCGUCAGAGGGGUGUGCGCGCCUACGCCCGCACGCUGGGCCGCUCGUUCGGCGACCCGAGCUCUGCGGAGCGGCGGCGGAGGCGGCGCGAGGAGAACCGCCUGCUAGAUGUUGACGUGCAGGAGAUGUUCAGCGACAUCUACAACCAGCCGGCGCCGGUGCUGAUCGGACCGCUGGACGAGGACGAUGAGGCGCCGCUGAAGUUCGCGCGCCGCUGGGAGGACGAGGAGCUGUUCCCGGCCCCCAAACGGGCGCGCACUGACAUCAGCAGCGAGAACACCGACCCGAGCCUGGGCCCGACGCUGGCGCCGGCGCCGCAGGAGCAGGUGCGAUUCGACGAGCCGCCGCGCGGCUGCGGCGCCGCCGCCGGCUUCACAGAGUUCCACAUGUUCCACCACCUGGUGCCGUCACUGGAGUCGUAGCCGGUGCCGCUCACCCGCCCUGCGGCCGCCCGGAGCCGGAGCCGGAGCAGACCGGAGCCUGAACCGGAGCCGGAGCCGCCCGAAGGCCGCAGGUUUUGUCCUUUGUUGUUGUUGUUGUACAUAUUGUGUCUUUGUUCGACGCAUGGUAAAACCAAACCAAAAAAAUAUUUUCGUGGAGCUGUGGCAUGGGUAUCUUACAGUUUUGUAGAGCUGAGCUUUAGUCCGUGCCUCGGGCACGCCGGUAGGCUCUGAUGGUACCGCGUCAGGCUGCAUUUGAUCGCUCUGGGACUGUAGCUGCAGCGCGCCGGAGCCGCGGUGCCAGCGGCACCCGGGCCGCGGACGCGCCGCCACCGCCCUCCCCUUCUCCUCUCCUCUCCUCACGUCCUGAUCAGCCCGCCGGCUGCGGCCGGCCAGCUCUCUAUCCCUCUGAUGGCUGUGCUAGUCUCUCGCCCUCCCCGCCCGGGGUGGGGCUGUUCCCCUGAGGCAGGUGCCGCGCUCGGUCGGCUCGCCGCGGGUGGCCGCGUCUCGGCAGCGCAGACGAGCGGCGCCGCUCGAGCGCGCGACCCGCGCCGCUCGACCUUGUCCUUGCGGCCGGGUUGCGCCAGCGCCGGUCACCGCGGCCGGGAAGCGAGCGGCCGACGGCGCCGCUGGCUCUGCUGACCCAGUUUGGUCCGCCGCCGCCGCCGCCGCCUGGCCGCGGGCCACCCGCCGCCCCCGCCCCCGCCCCCGCCCGCGCGACCAUCCUCGGUCGCCGCCGUCGGUUGCGUGGCGCGGAAUGCGGGCGAACGGGUGCCGAGAUUCAGUUUCACUCGGCCCCGGGAGCGGCGGACUGCCCGCCGCCGCGGCAGGCCCGCGGCUGCCGGCCGGGCCAGCGCCGUGCCGCGCCCACUGCCGCAAACGUUGGGGCGCAUACCACACGCGCCCUCAAAGAUCUCGUCCUGUACUCGAGGAUUUCGGCGCGUUUAACGUCACCGCCCGAGCAGCCCGCCCUUCGCCGUCUACAGGGGUUACAAUAUUAUUUUAUACAUGUGCGUCGGCUGGUCCUUUCGCAUUUUGCAGCAGCCCUUUGAUCAGUGAUGUACCGGUUUUUCGCAGCUUUGUGGCGCUCUGAAAGUUAUUCAGAGAUCGCCCUCUUAUUAUUGCAGGAUUGUAUGUGAUUGUGUGCGAGACACUGGAUUACGAAUUCUGAGCUGCAGCGAGCAGCGGCACAUGGCAAUGAACGUUGGGUGAUCCGUAGGUGGCAUAUGUAUAUUAUCUCUAUGGCUCGUUGUUUGCCCUGUGGCGCGGCGGCUGCCGCGCCGUCCGCCUGCCAGCACUGCCCGGUGUUCCGCGCGCGAGCGAGAGCCCUUCUGUCGAUGGCUUAGCACACGGUGUCGUACAAAGGAACGGCGAUAGUUCGCUGAUGCGUGACGUGUUCUCGCCAGCUUAUGAGACGGGCGUUUGCCAAUAUAUAUUUAAACAAAGAA